AUGGAGCCUACCAAGAACCUUCACACAUACUAUGACUACAAGCAGAUGGAGAACACCAGCAUGUGUGACAACGCUCAGAUGGCGACCCCGUUGUUCAUCCCGGUGUUUAUCAUGCUCAUCUUCCUGUUGGGCCUGUCUGGCAACAGCAUGGUUAUUUUCACCGUGUGGCGGGCAGAGGGGAAGCGACGCGCAGUCGAGGUCUAUAUCGGCAACCUGGCCCUGGCCGACCUGACCUUCAUGGUCACGCUGCCCCUUUGGGUGGUGUACACAGCCAUGGAUGACCACUGGCCCUUUGGGGCGGCCCUGUGCAAGAUCGUCAGCUACAUUGAUAUCCUAAACAUGUAUGCCAGCGUCUUCCUCCUCACCUGCAUGAGCUUCAACCGCUACCAGGCCAUCGUACACUCGUUAUCCAGCACCAAGCUACGCAUCCGUGGUCACACGCGUAUCUCCCUUGCCGCCGUCUGGAUUCUGUCGGGCCUCCUAGCAGUGCCUGCCCUCAUCUUCCACACCACCUGGCACGUGCCGAGCAACAACCACACUUCCUGCACCCUUGACUUCGGCCUGGUGGUGACCAAUCAGCGUCAGGGGAGCCUGUGGAUCACCGCGCUGACCAUGUCGUUGUCCACCCUGGGGUUCCUGCUCCCCUUCCUGGCCAUGAUCGUGUGCUACGGGUUGAUCGGCUGUACCGUGAUGCGCCACUUCAACAUCCGGCGCCAGGAGGACCAACGCAAGUGGCGACUCCUCAAGAUCAUCACCACGGUGGUGGUGGUCUUCACCAGCUGCUGGAUCCCCUUCCAUGUUUUGAACAGCGCCGGCGCACUCUCUUACCUCGGCCUGUUCCCGGCCACCUGCGCUUUCCAACGCUUCCUGCUUCUGGCCUAUCCGUACGCCACCUGCUUGGCCUUCAUCAACAGCUCUAUCAACCCGUUCCUCUACGCCUUCUUAGACCUGCGUUUAAGGUCACGGUGCCUGUGCCUGCUUCACCUCAAGAAGUUCCGCCAGACAUCCACCAACGAUGAGUAAAUCUGGAGGACUCAAUCAACGCUAGGUCAAAUUACGGGUACUUUAUUUAUUUUUUUUUUAACCCAUCCGCUGGUUUAUUUUAGGACCAUCCCAACAGUAGUUAAUAUUACCCAGCAGGAUGGGUUGUUUUUUUUUAA